AUGUCUCACAAUAACGGGAUAUUGCUGGCAUUGGAUACCGUACCACAGUCGCUGUCUCGUGUGGUCAAACUGUGUUUUGUCAUUCAAGAAAUGUCCAUCAAUAAAACGAUCAAGCAUAUAUAUGCGUACAUGGUUACGAGUAAAAACAAUUUGAUAUUUGCUCGAGCACGAGUCCAAAAGUUUGGGAUGGACUACAACUAUGCUGUGCUUAGGCUGACUACUAAUAUCAUUCGUGCUUUGAAACCUAAACAUGUCAGAUUGCUUGUCGACAUCACUUACCAACACGGUGUAUCCAUGUCUGAGCUGUUCCGUGCCAUUUCUCCACGACUAAGAGAAAAUAACUGGAUUGUUGUAUUCAAGACAUUGACUCUCAUCCAUGUGUUGAUUAAAGAGGGUGAUUCAAAUAGGGUUAUGGGCUAUUUGUCUUCCAACACUGAUAAACUGAGUACUGCAGGAUUCCGUGAUAAAAGUGGUCAUCCAAUGGGAACAAUUCAGUCAAAAAACAUAGAUACAUACUCCAACUAUCUACAAGAACGAGUGUCCGUUUUUAAAGCAGUCAAAAUAGACUGGAUUUCUGAAAAAGAUACUGCCAUUGCGAAAUUCCGUACACUGCAAAUCAAGGAUGGACUUUUGGAAGAUAUUUCUCUGCUUCAGCGACACAUUGAUGCUUUACUCAAAUGCUCUUGGUAUGUGGAGGAUCUGGAUCAGGUUGUCACUCUUCAGGCAUUUAGAUUGCUGACAUGGGAUAUGAUGAGCUUAUUUCAUUUAUUGAACGAAGCGGUUCUACGGAUUCUUGGAUCCUACUUUGAAAUGGAGCGACAAAAUGCAGCAAAGGCACUCGAGAUUUACAAAAAGUUUUCAGUGCAGACAAAAAAGACACUCGAGUUUUUUGAAACAGGUCGCAAAGUGCGUCGAGAAACCGGUGUCGAUGUGCCUAUAUUUCACCACCCUCCAUUGAUGUUGGCUGCAUCUUUGGAAGAGUAUCUUCGUGCUCCGGAUUUUGAAGAGAAACGGGCUGAAUAUAAACAACGAAGACUGGAGAAAGAAAAGUCUGAUAGAACAGCACCCCAAUCAUCUACCAAUACAGCGUCAGCUUCUAAAGACUCUACACAAACCAAACCAGAGAAAAAAGAUGUACAGCUCAUUGAUUUCUUCUCUAGUGUUGAUCAAGAAAUGAGUGCAUUUAGUACAGCUCAAUCUCAAGCCCAAUAUCCUGCAGCCAAUUUUGAUGCAUUUUGGGAUCCCAAUGAUGGAUUUUCUCAGCGCGCUAAUGCUGAUCGUUUUGGUAAUCAAUCUGGUGCAGUCAUGUCUAGUGAUAAUCCUUUCUUGACUGUACAGCAUAAUCAGCAGUUAUUACAACAACAGUUGCAGGAAUCAGAUAUGCUUUUAAGAUCGACUGUAUUAGGACAACAGCAACAGGCUCUGGGGAUGCAACAACCUAGUGUUGCUAAUACGCAAGCUUCUGGUAAUGCAUUUUAUAUGAAUCCAGGAAUGCAAGGCUCUGCUUCAAGCUAUACGCCUCAACCAAAUCAUCCACUUUCUGUAUCAGCAUAUAAUCCAUUUUUGCCUGCUGCUCCUGCUUCACCAGCUCCCGUAAAUACAUUCACGGCUUUUGGCGAUAUGGGACAAAUGCAAGCAUCUAGCAUGGUAUCAUCCGCCACACCAAAGCUAGAUCCGUUUAGCCAGCUUGGAAACAUGGCUCCCAAAUUGCCGCUUAUGGAUACGAAUACCAAUAUAGGCGUGUCACCUUAUGCAACCAAUAAUCCGUUUGGACGCAACAUGUCACAGCCAGAACUUCCAAUUAAUCCCACCAAUCCGUUUGGCGUUGCUGGUUUUGGCCGAGGUAGUAUGUAUCAGCAACCUAUUGCAGCACAAUCUACAGGUGGGUUUGCAACUCAUAACACGACAGGAAAUAGUGGGGCAUCAACCGCUUAUAAUCCGUUUGCCGGACUGGGAUUACCGCAAUUUGGAGGCAUGCAAGGAGUAAAUACACCCAACAGUCCGAUGGCGAUGCGUGCAGGAGGUGACGUUGAAUCCCGAGAUCAAGCGAUUCGGUUUGCGGCUACUUCCACUGCCUUGCUUCUGCCCCCCCAGUCCAUUCCCGUUUCAAACACGAUUCCUCACUCAAUGAAUUACUCUGUUGGGGUUGUUUCUGGUACAGGUGGUAAUUCUUUCGCCAAUGCUAGCACAGGAGCAUUUCAAGUACACGCUAGCAACCAUAAUUCUAUUUUGGGUGUUCCUCAGAUCGGUUCUGGAUUACAUGGCAUGUCUACAGGGAUUUCGGGAAACGCGCCAUUUGGAGCUAUGGCAGGAACUGGUACUGACAGUCAAGGCAUAAAUGCCAUGAAUCCGUUUGCUCGACAGGGAACACCGGGAUUACAAGUGCCUGGACAAACGGCAGCAUUCAUGACACCUCAUCUAACCGGACAUAGCAUAAUGUCUUCGGCUACCACUUCUACCACUAUGCAUAACCCAUUUGCUACAGGUGCUCUUAAUGGAGGACCUUCAUCUAUAUCUUUGAGUCAGCAACCAUCACAACAGCAACAAAAAAUGCUUGGAAUGCAACAAGAAUUUCAAACCUCAAGGGGGUUUUAAAUUAAACUGACAAUGCUCCUUUAUUGGGAGCUUCAUUUUU